AGGCUUCCAGUAUAACAGACAACCCAAAUUUUUAAAAUUCAAAUUCACCAUCAGAAGCGAGUUGUCAAGUUUGCAGGAAAACAUGAACUGAAUCAGAGGAAUUGGAAGGGCAAGAAGCUAAGAACUUGUAAGGAAUGCUAAUUAUAUUCGUCUUUAGGGGAUGAAAAUUGAUCGUCCCUGCCAGGGUAGGAAGCAGAAGCAGGAAUGGAAGAAAGGUUUGCAAGAGCGUUGGAGAGCUCUCCGGAAGAAUUCCUCGCUUUGGUGGAGAAACAUCAAUCCAGGGUGGACAAAUCUGCACUUAAAAAUGUGAUGCGGGGAUGGUGCGUCGAGGCUACCGCGGCUUCCAAAGCCAAGCUCUGCGACGCUCUCUUGCUGUCCACGUCUCAGGCCGUUGUGGACUUCGAAAACGAAAAAUCAUCAGAUGGCAGGGACAAUUUGACAAGAUCAUCGCCAGAGAAGAAGCGGAGGAGGAGGAGUGCCAGAAACCAGAGGCUUUUGUCAGAGGAGGCGGAAGCGCAGGGCAGCGGGAGGUCGACGGGAUCGUUGAAUGCCCUCCGCAGCUACGCUCAUUUGGCGCAGCUAUGCAUGACGACGCAGCGUGAGAAUGGUUUCUCCCCCGCCGAUCUUUUCCCCACUCUUGAGAAGCUGCACGGCAACUUGGUGUUGUUUGACCAGGACAGUGCGCUGCAGGAGUGCGUGGCGGGGAUGUGUGAGCAAUGGUGGCGCGAGUCCUGGCCGAGGAAGGAGGCGCUGUUGGCGCAGGCGCUGCCCUGCUUGCUGGCCAAGUCACUCUCCGCUGCUCGCAGAAUCGAUGUGCACAGAGUGUAUUCGAUGAGGGAGGGUUUGGCGUCCCUGGACUUCACGCAUGAGAGUAGCGGGGAUCUCAAGCAGCUGCUGAGGCGGUGCGUGGUGGCGCCCUUGUAUGUGAGGGCAGAGGAGGGCAGACGCUUUGUGGCUUUCCUGUUGGUCCUCAAUGCGCAGCUUGCCGAGGAGCUGCUACCCAUCAUUCGCGCGCAGAUCCCCUUUGGUCGUCGCUCUAUUCUUGAGGCAUAUGGGGAGAUUCUCUUAAGGGCCUGGAGGCUCUCCUCUUCCUCUUCCUCUUCACAUUCGCUUCAUCACUUCAUGCAGUCAUUGCUGGAAGGGGCCGUUUAUGCUUCUUCCAAAAAUCUUGCGUCGUCCAUUAGAAAGCUUUUUCAAGCCUUUAUCACGCACCGCACUCAGGAGGGUGUUGAAGCUUUUCUAUUCCAUCUUCAGGAGCCUAUAUUGUUCAGAGCUUUGCAGGUUGCAAAUUCAAAUGUUCGCCGUAAUGCAUUGCUUCUUCUAGUAGACAUGUUCCCUCUGGAAGACCCAAACGCAUCUAAAGAAGAAAAGGAAGCUUUACUAGAGAAACAGUUUGUUCUUCUUGAAAAGUUGCUUCUAGAUGACUGUCCUGAUGUACGCUCGACUGCUGUUGAAGGUGCUUAUCGAAUUCUUCGAUUGUUCUGGGAAGUUGUCCCAUCUACAAUUACUGCGAAACUUCUGACGAAAGUUGUUGAUGAAAUGGCACAUGACCUGUCUAGUAGCACAGUCAGGCGUGCUGUAGUUGAUGGAAUGAUAUAUUUGCUCGAUAACCCGCAAAGUCAUGAAUUACUGAAAGUGCUACUUCCGAGGUUGUCCCCAAUGCUUGAUGAUCCUGCCCUGGCUGUAAGAACAGCAGCUGCUGAUCUCCUCCUGACUUUGAAGGACAUUCGAGCACUACAGUUUCAUAAAGUUGUCAACCUGGAUUCCAUACUGGAAUCUCUUGCAACUGACCAUUGUUCAGUUGCUCAGCGACUCACCAGACUUCUUCUUCCAUCAUAUUUCCCAUUGAAAGUAUCUGUCCCCGAGGCAUGCAGUCGAUUCAUUGUGCUGGUAAAAAGGUCUCCGUCUGCAGCAGCAAGGUUUUGUGAAUAUGCUCCAUCUGUAGGGGUUACUGUAAAGUCUCAAAUUGAACUGGUAAAAGCCUUAAUUAGCCUGUUCAUGACACCAGCUGAUAUGGAUGCUCAGGUAAGACAAGGCAUUUUAGUUGCGGUUAUGAAGCUUGCUUCCAACUUGGCAAACAACCAGUCAUGCAAAAUAGCCCUUUGUGAGUUAUUUUCAGCUCAAAACUUCAAGCACAUGUUAAGUUCUGCAUGUAGUCCAUCUGAAUUGGCAGCUAUACUGCAUAUUGCCUCAAUCACUCCACCCAAAGAUAUAUCAGAGUUCAUUAAGCAUUGUGACCAACUUCUCAUGGACUUUGAUGCCAUUCUCCAGGAUGAAAGUAAACAGGAAGAAGUAAGGGCAGCUCAUAAAUUAAUACUUGCAUGGGGUGGGUUUGAUGAUCUGGUGGAAGCUUUGAUAAAAUUUCUUCAAAAUGCCUUGUGUAUUUUUGGUUCUGGCAAUGCUACAAGGGGCAUAAAUAGAUCAAAACAGGACAAACAGAAAAAAUCUAAAAGGACAAGGAAAGUCUCUAUGAAAUUGAGUGUGAUGAAAGGCAAGGGACUAUCUGAGAAACCUGGUAAUGGUAGUAUUACCAUUGCAGUGGCAGCAGCAUGGCAUGUAGAGAACUUACUUGCCGAAGAGGGUACUCGAAAAGCCUUGUUGGCUUCCCCAAAAUUGGGAGAUCUUGCUUCUGGCCUCAAAAUUCUAGUUCAAAUGUUUGUUCAAGAGCAAUCCAACUCUUCUGCUUGCAUGGUGAUGCCACCUAUUCAAGCAUACAUUUCACUUGCUACACACAUGGCUCUUUGGCAGAAGUCUGUCAAAGAUGGACAAAGUUCAUCUAGCGGGAAGGAUAAGGACUCAGGCAUUUCUGCUGACUCUUCAUCUGGUCAAAAUGGACUUGAUGAUACACUCCAAGAACUUCUUAGUUGGGUUGAGCAACUUUUUAUUGAGCUUGAUAGUUACGGAUCAUAUAAAGAUUCAACAUCAACAGUUCAGGGCAAAAGGAAAUGUGUCAAGGUUCAGCACCAUAAGUCAAGCAAAACAGAAUCCUUGGCAGAAAUUUCAAAUACUAAAGAUGCAGGUGCUACUGGGAAAACAGAUAUCAGUGAAGGAAGCAUGAUUAAUCUAGUUGCCAGGGUAUCUGCAACAAUUCUAAAGUCAAUUGUGGACAGCAGUUACCUAAGUCUUGUGGUACAGGUCUCUGUACAGGCUAGAUGCUUAAGUUUUGCAUCAGCAUUUUUCGAGUACAUGAAACUGCAAAUUGAGGAACAGUCUGGGGGUCAAAAGUGCAUGGGAAAUGAUUGGAAAUACAUCUUGGUUUGUGUAAAGAGCUCUGCUACUUAUGCUGCAAAAAUGCUAUAUUUAUGGCUGAAGAACUCCAAUGAUUUAGCUUCUGAAGCAUCUCAUCUUGCAAAUAGUCUUUUUGAUCUGAUUACUUUGAGUGAGUCUGUGAUUGGAUCUAAGUUUGCAGGGUCUAUUCUAGCUGUACUAAAACCAUGGAUGCCAGAUCUUCUUAUUGCUGUAUCUGCUGCAAAUGCUCUUUACAAUGAUGUAAAUUUGGAGAGUGAAAGGUCAAAACAGGGAUUUGAUGAGUUGGUUGAAGAAGGCAAACAAUUGUGUUGUGCUUGGACUGUAACACUUGCAAAUUUGGGACUUUGCCCUGCCAAUGUCAUAAACUCUCAAGAAUGCCAUCAAUCAGAAGCUGAUGCUACAGGAGGGACUUCUAAUGAGGAUGAAGAAGCCAGAACUAAAGACAAACUCAAUUGCGUUGCUCUUGACUUCAUGAAAACAGUGAUUGAUUUGCUCCAAAAGGGAGAUGUUAGGGUUUUGCGUGCAAUUAUGAAAAUUUUCUUGUCACAGGCAGCAUUUGCUUUGAAAAGUAAGGUUUACAGCAGGGUUCUGAGUUUGCUUCACUUCUCAUGUGGAAAACUAUUAGGGUUUCAGAUGGCCCAAGAAUGUGACCUUGAUAUUGUUCUAAAUGAGAGCUCACUAUACACUUUAAAAGAGAUAAAUAUUCACAUAGAAGAGGCACAAGUGUCUUUGCAGGGGGACCAAGAUGCUGGACAAACACUUAAAGUUGCUAAAGAACUAGUUGAAAAUAUCAUUUCACGUUAUAGGGCCUGAAUAACUGAAUACCUUUUUCAGUUGAGCAUGCAGGUAGCCUUUAACAGAGGACUACAGCAUGUCAAAGAAGGCUAUAAUGAAAAUUGGGGAAAUACCUUAGGAAUUGAUCAAGGAAGGCAUUGUUCUAAAUUAUGCUGACGUCCUAGUGUUCCGAUGUUUAUAUUGAUAUCAAACUAUUUGCUUAUUAGUUCAUGCUUGCAGUCAGAUUACUUUUGCAUCCAUUAUAUGUUAUUAAUUUGAUACUGUGACCAAUCAAAAUAAAAGAUUAAGCCAUUUCUAUUCA